AUGGCGGAGAACAAUGCCCAUCAUCUACAGCAGCAGCAGCCGCAGCAGCAGCAACCACCAAACAUCCAGGAACAGGUGCUGCAAAUUCUCUCCAACCAACAGCUGCUAAUGACGCAAAUUCUCCAGCAACAAAGCGCCACGCAGCUUGCCAUCCGCAAUCUUUCCUACGACGAAAGGGUGCUGGACUCGCUUUCGAGCAACAUGGCGGAGUUCGUGUAUGACAAAGACAAUGGACACACGUUCGACGCAUGGUUUUCCAGGUAUGUCGACCUUUUUGACAAGGACGCCCGGAAGCUCGAUGACGCAGCGAAAGUGCGAUUACUCCUGCGAAAGCUUAGCCCACCCGACCACGAGCGCUACAAUAGCUUCAUUCUGCCGAGACUCGCUCGUGAGUUUACGUUCACAGAGACCGUCGAUAGGUUAAAGUCACUAUUCGGAGCGACAGUUUCCAUCUUCCGCCGACGAUUCAACUGUCUCCAGCUCACCAAGAAGGAGAGUGACUAUUACCUGGCAUACUCGUGCAAGGUGAACAAGGCAUGUGUUGAUUCCAAACUUUCGGAAUUAACUGAAGAGCAGUUCAAAUGUCUUAUUUACGUCUGUGGUCUGAAGUCAAAUCAAGAUACCGAGGUUAGAAUGCAUCUCAUCAACAAGCUGAACGAGAACGUCAAUCUGACGCUACAGCAAGUCGUGGAUAAGUGUAACAGCCUCAUCAACCUGAAACAGGACACCGUGUUGGUGGAAAAUCCGUCGUCCGUGGUGAAUGCCGUUGUUUACGAGAAGCGGUCGAAAUCGAAGCAUCAGUCUGCAGCAUCGAGUUCUUCCAAUCAACGUGAGCAACCAAAGACGCCCUGCUGGUCAUGUGGGGGCAUGCACUACAACAAGGACUGCCGGUUUCGAGACCAAAAAUGCAACGAGUGCGGCAAGGUUGGGCAUCGAGCAGGUUAUUGUGCUUGCUUUCAAUCAAGGUCUUCAUCCAAUGCAAAUACGGUAUCUAGGAAGAAGAAAAAGCAACCGUCGACGAAGACGGUGACAAUCCGAAACAUCAUCCAGGGUCGGAAAUUCGUCAAGCUCCAGGUCAACAACGUACUCCUUCGCCUACAAUUGGACACAGGGUCCGAUAUUUCGAUAAUUUCGCACCGAUCGUGGAUCAAACUCGGUCGUCCCCACACGAAACCAAUGGUUUGCACCGCGCGAACAGCUUCCGGAGAGCCACUCGAUCUUGUUGCCGAGAUGUGGUGCAACAUUUCCCUCAAUGGAGUCACAAAAGGGGGUAAGUGUUUCGUCGCCGCUCCUAACGUCAGUCUCGACAUUCUAGGAAUUGACUGGAUGGAUUUGUUUGGGUUGUGGAACCAGCCAAUCACAUCGUUCUGCAACCAGGUCAGCACUCAACCAAGUCAGACGCUGGCUACCCUCCAUACUCAGUUCCCCGAAGUUUUCACUAACGAGAUGGGUCUCUGCAAGAAGGCUCCCGUCAAGCUGGUCCUGAAAGGCGAUCCGAAACCAGUUUUCAAGCCGAAGCGUCCGGUAGCGUACUGCAUGGAAGGUGUGGUAGAGGACGAGAUUUGUCGCUUAGAGAAUCUGGGCAUUCUGAAGAAGGUGGAUUUCGCUGAAUGGGCAGCACCAAUCGUAGUGGUCCGGAAACCCAAUGGCACCGUCCGGAUUUGUGCUGAUUUUUCGACUGGCCUGAACAGCGUACUCGAGCCGAAUCAGUACCCUCUACCGCUACCCGAAGAUAUAUUCGCCAAAAUGUCCGGAUGUCGGGUGUUUAGCCACAUCGACCUUUCUGAUGCCUACUUACAGGUCGAGGUCGAUCCGGAGAGUCAACCGCUGCUCACCAUAAACACCCACAAAGGCCUCUUUCAAUUCACCCGCUUGUCGCCCGGCAUCAAAUCUGCCCCGGAGCAUUCCAACAGCUGA